GUCCCCGACUUGCGAUUUGCGCGUGCGCUGAGUGACAUGUGUGACCAUGACGCACACAUUUCACAUUUCUGUUUGGUUUCGGUUCUUCGUCCGUGAAGUCGCUCGUGAGGUCUUGCAUCAACAAAACAGCAACGGCAGUGCCUUGCCUUCCUUCUGCUUGCGGUGUCUCCGUUUGCGGUGCUGCUUGCCUCCCUCCUCCCUUCUUCGAGUUGCCUGCCCACCCCGCUCAGUAUGCAAUGUAUGCCCUGCCCCUCCUCCCCAUUACUUCAUUUUCCGUGUUGCAAGUCUUGCGCCAACUCCACCUCCUGUUCCUGGAACUGAGUUUCGGCAUGUGCUCGUCCGUUGCUGUUGGCGGUUGUAAACGCAGGGCAGGGCAGACACUGCGCGCAUAUGGAUGCAAUCACAGCACACCAGCAUGCUGUCGCCGUCUGUUCUUCGUUUGAAGCCCGAGGACCUCAACCACCGCACUGCGUGAGCAUGCUUGUGAACGCUGACAUGAAACAGGUAUUGUUCCCAUGUUCAUUUACUCAGCUGCUGUCGCGCCAUUCCGCACAAAGGACCAACUCCGCCCUUUCCCCCUCCCCAACACACACGCAUACCCACACACCACACCAAGACCCCGCAGCCACAGCACAGAAGCCAAUUGUUCACCUUACCGAUACCCUUUGUGUCUCCUUCGUGUCCCCAUUGUGCUUGCGGAACAGAGGCCCCCUUCAUCUCCGCACCUCUUUCCGCGCCAUCUCGUCAGCCACUCACCUGAAAGCAGAAGACAGGCCCACAAGCGGCAACCGCAGCGCACAAGCGACAUCUCUCUCGCUCGGAGCACAUGCUGCCAUCGCCAUCGCAGACCCACAUGAUCGCGCGAACAAUGGCCAUCACGUCCACUACAGCAGCAGUCGGGCAGGCAUCCGUGUCGCUGAGAACAAAGGACGACAACGUGGCAAGCGAAGACUGGCAGGGUCAGGCGCACUUGAGGCGGAGACCAAGCAACCCAACACCAUGCACUGCAGCGUCACUUUCGUGGCACCCACUGUCUUCUCCACCCUCCAUCACAUCACCAGCGCCUGCGGACUUGCCCACACCAUCACCAGCGUUGCGUUAUCCAGUGGUCCCAUGCCCGCGUCAACAGCCACCAACAGCUUUGCGUCCCGCCAACAUCAUGUCCACAACUACUCGACCAACGCUUGCGCGUCGCCGCGGCGUGCCGUCGCUCUCCGUGAGCCUGCCGUGUGCUCUCAUUACCAACGACGAGGACCUGCGCGAGGAAGUCUUCACGCCGGCCUCACUCGACGCCCUGUUUGACAGCGGCAGCGUCUCCAACUCCUGCUCCCCGCACAUGGAGCGGGGCUACGCACGCCCGCCGGGGCCAGCGCGCUGCAGCAGCGAGCGUGACAGCGGCAACGCAUCCCUCGCAUCGUCGACCGACGAACAUGAUGACGAAGGUCCCGUCACUAUGGUGAAUAGCACACGCUUGUACACAUGCAACACCCGCGACCUCUGCCAGACAACUGCUAACUCCUCUCGCACCAGCGACGCACUCGGCACAGCCACUGCUGCACACUUCCCACGGCAACAACAACAACAACAACAACAACAACGGCAACAACAACAACA